AUGAAUGACCAGUACCACCGAGCAGCCCGGGACGGCUACCUGGACCUCCUGAAAGAAGCCACCAAGAAGGACUUGAACUCGCCGGAUGAGGAUGGCAUGACCCCGACCCUAUGGGCCGCCUACCACGGCAACCUGGACGCCCUGAGGCUCAUUGUCAGCAGAGGGGGUGAUCCAGACAAAUGUGAUAUCUGGGGCAACACCCCUCUCCAUCUGGCAGCAGCCAACGGCCACCUGAACUGCCUUUCCUUCCUCAUCUCUUUUGGGGCCAACAUCUGGUGCCUGGACAACGACUACCACACCCCGCUGGACAUGGCAGCCAUGAAGGGGCACAUGGAGUGCGUGCGAUACCUGGACUCUAUCGCUGCCAAGCAGAGCAGCCUCAACCCGAAGCUGGUGAGCAAGCUGAAGGACAAGGCCUUUCGGGACGCGGAGCGGCGGAUUAAGGACUGCGUGAAGCUGCAGAAGAAGCACCACGAGAGGAUGGAGAAACGGUACAGGAAGGAGAUGUCGGAUAAUUCAGACACCAUGAGCUUCUCCAGCUAUUCAAGCAGCACCUUAAGCAAGAAGUUCCAGCACAUGUCUAUGGUGACUUCCCUGCCAUACUCACAAGCCACCCUCCACGGCACAGCCAAGGGAAAGACAAAAAUACAGAAGAAGCUCGAGAAGAAGUCUCUGUCCGGCCUGCAGCUGGGGAACGACGUCAUGUUCGUGAAGCAGGGCACCUACGCCAGCCCCAAGGAGUGGACUCGGCGCAACAUCAGAGACAUGUUCCUGACGGACGAGGACAACGUCUCCCGUGCCAUAAGCGACCCGGGCUUGCACAUGGACUCGGCCCACUCCGAAGUCAGCACCGACUCCGGCCACGACUCCUUGUUCAACCGCCCCGGGCUGGGCACCAUGGUGUUCCGGCGCAACUACGUCAGCAGCGGGCUCUUCGGGAUCGGGGGCGAGGA